AUGAUUUUGCAUACACUAUAUAGAUUCUAAACGAAUCUGCAUAGAGAUUUAAAACCAGAAAAUAUUUUAUUUAAAGAAAAAUGGAAUCUAAAUUCUUCGGCUAUAACAGAUUUUAGAUUUUCAGUAGAAGUUGAUGCUUAUCCUUAUAUAUAUCCAAAAUAUGGCACACCUGGGUUUGUAGCUCCUGAAAUUGUAAACUUAGUUGAUAAAACGAAGCCAUACACUUCUGCCUGUGAUAUUUUUCAGCAGGAGUGA